AUGGUCAAUAGGGAACAGCACUCAAUUUCUAAGUCAGUUGAAAUCAGAAAUCAAGCAACUGAUAAAAGAAUCGUUAAGUUAGACUCUAAGAAUUUUGACAUAGGAUUUCUAAUAUAAAACUUGAAUAAAACUGAUGUAGAUGUAUAUGAAUAUGUAUCUUUACUUGUUACAAAUUCAGCAUUUGAAUUCAAUGGCGAAGCAAAAUUUAUAAGUGAAACUAAAUAGUACAUGACUCUUUGUGAUCCUGAUAGAUUUCUUGGAGUAUUAAAGGGUAAUACUGAUAUUAGAAUUGCAGGAAAAUAUUUUUGUCCUCCAUUAAACUAUUCAAUUGAAGUAUUCGGAACUUAAGUUUCAUAAUACUCUAAAUCAAUGAAUAUUAGAGUAGAAGUUUGCACCAAGAAAUGGCUUUAAUAGAUUUAUGGAGAACUUGGAGGAAAAUUCACUAUAGUAUUUGGUCUCACCUCACUACUGCUUCGUAAUAUUGAAGAAUUUAUGUUUUUCAAGAAGCUACUUAGAAGCCUAUAUCUUUUUACCAGAAUUCCUAUUGUAAAAGAAGAAUGUAUAAAUGUAGAACAACAGAAUGACACUAAUAAUGAUAGUGAUUCGGUAUAAAAUAAAUAAUAAACCAAUGAAAAAGGUCAAAAAGAUUCUGAAUAGUAAAUGAAAGAAAAUAGUAAUCCUGGCAAAUGA